UCACUGGCUGUGCCUGAGGCUGCAAGGUGAGGAGGGGAAAGGACAGAGACCCUCAUACUCCCUGUUCCUCUGGAGAAGCCCCUGCAUGUUCCAGGGCGCAGCAGGAACCUUGUCUUCUGCAGCACUGGGCUUCGUUACAAAGGGGAAGAUGAUUAGUGCGCAGGAGGAGAGCGUACAGUGGCUCGGGCUGUAACAGCACCGGAGAUCUGGUGAAGCGUUGUGUACAGUUAGGAACUGAAUUCAAUCAGUCCCAAAAUGCCUGUAAGAAGAGGGCAUGUGGCACCACAAAAUACAUUUCUGGGAACCAUCAUACGGAAAUUUGAAGGGCAAAAUAAAAAAUUCAUCAUCGCUAAUGCCAGAGUUCAGAAUUGUGCUAUUAUUUACUGUAAUGAUGGCUUCUGUGAAAUGACGGGAUUUUCGAGGCCAGAUGUCAUGCAAAGACCAUGCACCUGUGACUUCCUACAUGGGCCAGAGACCAAGAGACAUGAUAUUGCACAGAUUGCUCAAGCUCUCUUAGGUUCAGAAGAAAGAAGAGUUGUGGUCACCUAUUAUCAUAAAGAUGGAACCACCUUUGAGUGUAGUACACACAUUAUUCCAGUGAAAAAUCAGGAAGGAGUAGCAAUGAUGUUCAUUAUGAAUUUUGAUUAUGUUACAAAAUUGGAUUCUCUUGAUUCCCCUGAGAAGAUAAGCACAAUUCUUCCUAUCAAGACAGAAAAUCGCAAACUAUUUGGGUUUCGGAUACCAUCUCUCAGACUUUUGAGCUACAGAAAGCAAUCUUUACCGCAAGAAGAUCCGGAUGCCGUGAUUGUAGAUUCUUCAAAACACAGCGAUGAUUCUAUGGCCAUGAAACAUUUUAAGUCCCCUACAAAAGAAAGCUGCAGUCCGUCAGAAGCUGAUGACACAAAAGCACUAAUUGACUCUAAUAAAUGCUCCCCUUUGGUUAAUAUUACUGGACCUCUAGAUCACUCUUCGCCUAAACAACAGUGGGACCAACUUUUUCCUGACAUGCUGCAUGCAGGUUCACACUUAACUCAUGCCAGGUCAAAAGAAAGUGUUUGUAGCAUGAGACGAGCCUCUUCCGUGCAUGAUAUGGAAGGAUUUAACAUCUAUCCUAAAAGCAUUUUUAGAGAUCGCCAUGCAAGUGAAGACAAUGGUCGAGAUGUCAAAGGCCCUUUUAUUCAUAUCAAGUCCAGCCUUCUAGGAUCAACAUCAGAUUCGAACUUGAACAAAUACAGCACCAUUAACAAAAUUCCACAACUUACCUUGAACUUUUCAGAUGUAAAAAAUGAAAAAAAGGCCUCAUCCCCUCCUUCUUCUGAGAAAACCAUUAUUGCACCCAAAGUUAAAGAAAGAACACACAACGUCACAGAAAAAGUUACCCAGGUUCUGUCACUGGGUGCUGAUGUCUUACCAGAAUAUAAACUGCAAACACCUCGGAUGAAUAAGUUUACUAUAUUGCACUAUAGCCCUUUCAAAGCAGUAUGGGACUGGUUAAUUUUGUUAUUAGUAAUUUAUACAGCAAUUUUCACUCCCUACUCAGCUGCCUUUUUACUCAAUGACAGAGGGGAACAGAAGAGACGCGCAUGUGGAUAUUCUUGUAACCCUCUGAAUGUUGUUGACUUAAUGGUGGAUAUCAUGUUUAUUAUCGAUAUCCUCAUAAACUUCAGAACCACAUAUGUCAAUCUAAAUGAAGAAGUGGUCAGUGACCCUGCAAGAAUAGCAAUUCAUUACUUUAAAGGCUGGUUCCUAAUUGACAUGGUUGCAGCAAUACCUUUUGAUCUGCUGAUUUUCGGAUCUGGCUCAGAUGAGACAACCACACUUAUUGGACUUUUGAAGACCGCUAGAUUAUUACGUUUGGUGAGAGUUGCCAGGAAGUUGGACAGAUAUUCUGAAUACGGGGCUGCAGUUUUAAUGCUGCUAAUGUGCAUAUUUGCACUAAUUGCACAUUGGCUUGCUUGCAUUUGGUAUGCAAUUGGCAAUGUAGAAAGACCAUAUUUAAUUCACAAAAUUAGCUGGUUGGAUGCAUUGGGAGAUCAAAUAAAGAAACCUUACAAUUACAGUGAUGCCAGUUCUGGACCGUCUAUCAAGGAUAAAUAUGUUACUGCACUAUAUUUUACAUUCAGCAGUUUAACAAGUGUAGGGUUUGGGAAUGUGUCUCCAAACACCAACUCUGAAAAAAUCUUCUCCAUUUGUGUCAUGUUGAUCGGCUCAUUAAUGUAUGCAAGUAUUUUUGGAAAUGUGUCUGCAAUAAUCCAAAGAUUAUAUUCAGGAACUGCACGGUACCACAUGCAAAUGCUUCGAGUGAAAGAAUUCAUAAGAUUCCAUCAAAUUCCCAAUCCUUUACGUCAGAGACUUGAAGAGUACUUUCAGCAUGCUUGGACGUACACCAAUGGAAUUGACAUGAAUAUGGUACUAAAGGGAUUUCCAGAAUGCCUUCAAGCUGAUAUUUGCCUACAUCUCAAUCAGACAUUGCUUCAGAAUUGCAAAGCUUUCAGUGGAGCCAGCAAAGGCUGCCUGCGGGCAUUGGCUAUGAAGUUUAAGACAACUCAUGCCCCACCCGGGGAUACACUUGUACACUCUGGGGAUAUACUUACCGCACUCUACUUUCUGUCAAGGGGCUCAAUUGAAAUCCUAAAAGAUGACAUUGUUGUAGCAAUUUUAGGGAAGAAUGACAUUUUUGGGGAGAUGGUGCAUCUUUAUGCCAAGCCUGGAAAAUCCAAUGCUGAUGUUAGAGCUUUAACGUAUUGUGAUCUUCAUAAAAUACAACGAGACGAUCUAUUAGAAGUUUUGGAUAUGUAUCCUGAAUUCUCCGAUCAAUUUCUUACAAAUUUAGAGCUAACAUUUAAUCUAAGAGAUGAAAGUACAAAGGCUGAGCUUUUAAGAUCUAACCCAGACAGUGAUUGUGAUGGGGAAACCUGCAAACUUCGGAAAAGAACAUUGUCUUCUAAAGGCAAAUUGUAUGAAGAUUCUAGCAAAUGUAGUAGUCAAACUGCUUCAGAAAUUUCAUUGGAUAGCUCCAGACAAUUUUCUUCUGCAAAGAAGACUCUAGAAAAAAACAACAGAUCAUCUUCGCUAAUAUCUUCCAUUAAUGAGCAAAAGCCUUCAUUUUCAGAAAUUGGUGGUUACACCUCAGUUUUCACAAAGCCAUCUGGGCUGCAGUUUGAAGAAGCAGUUUGUCCAUCAGAAAAGAUCAACCUUGGCAAAAGAAGUUUAUCAUAUCGAGAUAUAGCAAGUACAAGGAGCUGGGGAAGAGAGGACACAGUGCUGCAUGAUGACAGUGUAACCAAUCAUACAACAUUAAACCAUGUCACAUGGGGAAUAUGUGAACCUGAAAAUGACCUCACGUAUGGAGAAGUAGAGCACAGACUAGAUUUGAUACAGGAACAAAUGAAUAGGUUAGAAUCCCAGAUGACCACUGAUAUUCAAGCCAUUCUCCAACUCCUGCAGAGACAGUCGUCACUAGUUCCUCCAACUUACAGCAUGGUAACAGCUAACUGUGAAUAUCAGAGUUCUGCAUCAGCUACUGCACUUGGAGUCAAAAGCUCUCAGUCUGGACCUUCUAUUAAGACAGACAGAAACUUCAGUACUUCAUCCCAUAGACCUGAAUUCUUGGACCUUAAGAAAUCAAUACUGAAAUCCAAAGAAUCACUUUCAAGUGAAAGUCAGUUAAACACUGCUUCUGAAGACAACUUAACAUCAUUGUUGGAGCAAAGAGAAGAUCCUCCAACUGAAAUUCAUCCCGGGCAUUGUACAUUGUAUAUCAACCCAAUUAGACAUUCAUCCUUGCCAGAUUCUUCCAUAAACAGUUUGGGAAUAUUGGGCCUACAAAGGCAUGAAUCUGAUCCUGGUCUUCCUGGCAAAUAAUCCUCAAAGGGUUUAUUUUAAAUUAUACUUUCAAAUAAUAUGUAAGUGCUUUUAAUGGCUGUUUUCCUCUUUGUAUUUAUAUCCUCUUUACUUGACUCAGGGCGAAAAGGAUAUUUAAUAUGCAAAAGUACUGUAUAUUUUGAUAAAUUUGAGACAUUUGAAAAAUAAAGCUGCCUGCAUUCUA